AUGUACUCAACACGCGAGGGUAUCAAGGCUGCUGUCGAUGCGUAUCGUGCACACAUAGCUGGACGGAAUCGCCGAGCCCUUGAAGUCUACGUGCAACUUGCCACGAAGGUUGAGCUCGACCCGGAGGAUUGGGGAGAUGAAGCCGAAGAUUUGAGGGCAGACUGUUUUGGGAGCAUCCUGAGCCGGAACGAUGCCCGGACCUUGAUAUCAAGUCCAGAGGAUAUGCUUACCAAGUUCGAUGAACUCGCACCACUUUACGAUCUUGACGGUUGCGGGGGGUCUAUCCCAACUAGCCACGACCGAGAGUUGUAUUUCUCCCGCCUAGAGAGCGCGCUAAAGGCAAAAUGUCUCGAGGAAGUUCGCGAUAGCAUUGCUGCUCCCCCCGAGCUUCGCAUUCUUGCCGAGUACGUGAGUGCACUGACUGGACCCGGGAUGGGAGAGACCAAGUGGACGUAUCAGGCCGUGUUCUGGACCGGGGCGAGCCCUCAGACGGAGUCCAUGAUCGAUGCCACGGUUAAGAAACCUCAAGAGCUUGCGGUUGAUGGGUGUUGGGAUGUCGCUGGGGGAUGGAAAUCUGGGGACGGCGUUGAGAACUUCUUUUACAUAGUCUACUGCCGGAGAAACCGGCCCGACGGGGAGGUUGAGCCAUGGGCUUGGCGGUACAUGGCAUAUGGCCCGGACGACAACAAAACCUUCGAUACGAUCCCGGAGUUGCUCGAGUGGUAUAGUCGAUAUCGAGAAAGAGAGGUGCCUGAUAUUGAGGACCUGGACGCGGAAGGGAUACUGGAAGGGAACAUGUACUAG